AUGAAGUUUGCCGAUUAAAGAAGGCUCUUUAUGGGCUUAAACAAUCUCCACGUGCCUGUUUUGAAAGAUUUACAGUUGCCAUGAAAAGGUAUGGGUACAAAUAAAGCAACUCUGAUCAUACCCUUUUUUUGAAAAAAUGGGGAGAUUUAAUCACUUGCCUAAUAAUCUAUGUGGAUGAUAUGAUCAUAAUGGGAAGUGAUGCUGAAGAAAUUGCAAAAUUGAGAAGGAACCUAUUUACAGACUUCGAAAUGAAGGAUUUGGGAGGACUAAAAUAUUUCUUAGGAAUAGAGGUUCUACGAUCCAGUAAAGGAAUCUUUAUCUCCCAAAGAAAGUACAUUUUGGACCUUCUGGUAGAAAUAGGAAUGGUAGAUUGCAAACCAAUAGAUACGCCCAUGCAAGUUAAUCACAAGUUGAAGAUGGUAGAAGGUGCCACCCUAGCAGAUAAGGAAAGGUACCAGCGACUGGUUGGAAAACUAAUUUACUUAUCACAUACUCGGCCUGAUAUAGCUUAUGCUGUGGGAAUAGUAAGUCAGUUUAUGCAUAAGCCACAAGAAGAUCAUAUGGAAGCUGUUAUGAGGAUAGUUCGAUAUUUGAAGGGAGCUCCAGGAAGUGGAAUCAUUUUCAAAAGGAAUGACUAUUUGAAGGUUGAGGCAUACACUGACGCAGAUUGGGCGGACAACCCAAAUAAUAGAAGAUCAACAGCUGGUUACUUUACACUUGUUGGAGGCAACUUGGUAACUUGGAAAAGCAAGAAGCAGAAAGUUGUAGCUCUUUCAAGUACUGAGGCAGAAUUUCGAGGGAUCGUUAAAGGCAUAACUGAAGUAUUGUGGAUAAGCCAAUUGAUGACUGAGAUUGGGUUUCCACCACAAUCGCCAAGCCAGUUGAAAUGUGACAACAAAGCCGCAAUCAGCAUUUCAGAGAAUCCUGUACAACAUGAUAGAACAAAACAUGUUGAGGUGGAUCGACACUUUAUCAAAGAAAAAAUUGAGAAUGAAAUUAUUGAGCUUCCAUUUGUGAGAUCAGAAGAACAGUUGGCUGAUAUUCUUACUAAAGCAGUUUUAAAAUAAGCCCUUGCUAAGGUUCUAACCAAACUAAGUAUUGGUGAUCCCACUACUCACCUUGAGGGAGAGUAUUAGAAUAUCAUCAUUAGGGAACAAAAUCAGGAAAAUAUCAAAGAGAAUUAGAAAAAAAUCAAUGUAAUUUAUUAAGAUAUUAUUCUAUAACAAGUGUACUCUUAGUGUACUCCUGGUCUAUAUAUUGGUAAGAACUUUGUAAUCACAGAUGAGAAAUAUGAAUAAAAAUAAUAUUUUU